AGCCAGCAGUCCGUGGGAUCAGAUCACAUUCUUCGUCUAUCGAGCCGCGGCAUCACGUACAGGUUCAUGGGCUUCUGACUGGGCUUUUUAAACAAAACAUCUUCACCCUAAGGCGCAUUAUCAUUUUCAUUUAACUGUCAUCCAUGAGAUUCUUCAGGCUUACCUUCAAGUGCUUCGUCGACUGCUUUUGAAUCUCCUUUGUCAACGGCUGAACUGACUGCGGCGCAUUGUGAAAUUUUCCAUCUCUUAGCUGAGCUGAGGGUUUCCAACGUGUGAUAAUUAUAAAAACUGCGAUUUUUUUUUUAAUCAUAAGAAGGCGAAAUAACAAACUCGGAAAAUCAAAAAGACAGCUGGAGCACUGCAUACUGUGGCUGCCUACAUCUCUCUGCCUGCCUCUCUAAGCCCGCCGGGUGCCUUGUUUGCUAGGCACAUUAAUAAAACUUCUGGCUAAACCAACAGCCAGCUAACAUUUUUUAAAAGAAUAACAUUUAUUUUUGUGCAGCUACCCAACAUGUCACCUGAGCUGGAGGAAAACAGCCAAGGUGAAAUCAGCCUCCCCCAGUUGGAGGCAGGGACCCUGUCCGAGGAGGAGGGUGGGCCAGCUCGCCCCCUCGUGCCUGUGCCUGGAGCGGGCCCAGGGUGUGGUGAGGGCAGAGGGGCUGGUCCACCGCAGACCCAGGACGGGGCUGCAGCUGGGACUGGAAAUGGGGCUGUAGCAGUACCGCAAGUGGAGAGAGAAACCUGGACCAGACAGAUGGACUUCAUCAUGUCCUGCGUGGGCUUUGCUGUCGGCCUGGGCAACGUGUGGCGGUUCCCUUACCUCUGCUACAAGAACGGAGGAGGGGUUUUCCUGAUCCCCUACUUGCUGAUUGUGUUCAUUGGGGGCAUUCCAGUCUUCUUCCUGGAGAUUGCACUGGGACAGUUCAUGAAGCAGGGAGGGGUCUCUGCCUGGAACAUUGCACCCCUCUUUAAAGGUCUGGGCUUGGCCUCGAUGGUGAUAGUGUUCUUCUGCAACACAUACUACAUCAUGAUUCUGGUGUGGGGCCUCUACUUUCUCUUUCACUCCUUCACCAAUCCGCUGCCCUGGGCCACCUGUGGACACCCCUGGAACACCCUCAACUGUACACAGGACUUCCGCCGCGCCUGCCACAACCGCAGCGGUGCCCAGCCGUCAGCUGCUGCCACCCCCUCUUACCUCCUCUCCUCCACUUCGUCGCUGAACCUGUCGUCAGCCCAGCUCCUCUUCAACAGCAGCUGCGCGGAGGCUGAGGGCAUGCGCUCCCCGGUCAUCGAGUUCUGGGAACGUAAAGUGCUCCGUCUGUCGGGGGGGUUGCACGAGCCUGGUGACAUCAGCUAUGAGAUGGUGUUGUGUCUCAUAGCCACCUGGAUCAUUGUUUACUUCUGCAUGUGGAAAGGAGUUAAAUCUACUGGCAAGGUUGUGUACUUCACAGCUCUGUUCCCCUACCUGGUUCUGGUUGUUCUUUUGGCCCAUGGAGUCACUCUGCCUGGAGCUUUAGACGGGAUUGUUUACUACCUGAAACCAGACUGGUCCAAACUAGGAGAAGCACAGGUGUGGAUUGAUGCCGGCACUCAGAUUUUCUUCUCCUAUGCCAUCGGACUGGGUGCCCUGACUGCUCUGGGCAGCUAUAACCGCUUCCACAACAACUGUUACCAGGAUGCAUUCUUGCUGGCUAUCAUUAACAGCGGAACCAGUUUCUUUGCAGGCUUUGUUGUGUUCUCUGUUCUGGGCUUCAUGGCUGCAGAGCAAGGCGUGGACAUCAGUAAGGUAGCUGAGAGUGGUCCAGGCCUGGCCUUCAUAGCCUACCCAAAGGCUGUGACUCUGAUGCCUCUGGCUCCACUCUGGGCUGCACUUUUCUUCUUCAUGUUACUCAUACUGGGCCUCGACAGCCAGUUUGUAGGAGUAGAGGGUCUGAUAACAGGAAUCAUGGACAUGUUACCCCCUAAAUCCGCCCUGGGCUCCCUGCGGCGAGAGGUGGUAGCUGCCAUCUGCUGCAUCAUCUGCUUCCUCAUCGACAUGUCAAUGGUCACUGAGGGAGGGAUGUAUGUCUUCCAGCUGUUUGACUACUACUCCGCCAGUGGCAUCACUCUGCUGUGGCAGGCCUUCUGGGAGUGCGUGGUGAUUGCGUGGGUCUAUGGCGCAGACCGUUUCAUGGACGAUGUGGCUCGCAUGAUCGGCUAUCAGCCCCUACCCUACAUGAAGUGGUGCUGGUCCUACGUCACGCCUUUUGUCUGCGUGGCAGUAUUCCUGUUCCACGUGGUGAACUACAAGCCCCUGACCUACAACACAGUGUACACUUACCCCUUGUGGGGUGAAGCGCUUGGCUGGGCAUUGGCCCUGUCCUCCAUGCUCUGUAUCCCUCUUACUGUUCUCUACAAACUGCUGCGCUGCAAAGGCUCUUUGCGGGAGCGUUGGCAGCACCUAACCACCCCAGUUUGGGGCAGACAUCACCUGGAGUACCUGGCCCCGGAGAGCGAGGCCAAGCUGCUGCCCCCUGCAGGAACCAAAAGCACGCUGCUCUUUGAAAGCGUCAUCUGAUGAGCUGAGUCCCAACAGAGCACAGAGCCAAGGUCGCCACCAACAUCAGUACAUGCAUACACAAACUACACGAAAUACAUGCACACCACCCAAACCCAGGAAGAGCAAAGCGCAGAUCGAUUACACACCCCUCAGUUUUAAUGCUACGGAAAAGCCUUGGACAAAUGGACCAAAGAUUAAAUGGGAGAAGAACUGAAAUACACCCAUGCAGUCAUCAUCACAUGCUGAUACACCCUCUGCUCUGCUUUCUGACUCUACCUCGCUGGCCCCCCCUCCCCACCCUCUCUCUCUGCUCCCUGCCUUUGUGCUGUCCCGUCUUGUCUCGUCCUGUGCGUGCAAUGUGUCCAGUGUAGUUAUGAUAUCUUCCCUUUCUGUGCCUCUGUCUGUCAGGGUUCCAACAGCCUCAUCAGCCCCCACGUGUCACGCCAUUUAAAAGCAGAAUUUUAAAAAAGAACCUAAAGAAACUUUCUAAAUGAAAGACCUCAUAUCCACUGCUGAUAUGCCAUGGUCGUAAUGUGUGUGUGUGUGUGUGUGUGUGUGUGUGUGUGUGUGUGUGUGUGUGUGUGUGUGUGUGUGUGUGUGCGCGCAUGUACGUGCUUGUGUGGGUAUGGUGAUGCACCUGUGUAUCUGCACAUGCCUGGGAGUUCGACCGUGGCAGCAGUGUCUUCAUUUACAUGUGACAUUGCUUUUGGCCAUUGUUUUCUGUAUUCUCUCAACUGUACAAAAGUAACUUCCAUUUGUAAAAUAAUAAUAAUAAUCAAAUAGAGACAAUGCAUCACCACUUCCAGCUGUGUGUUAUGAACUAACUUAAAUAUCCAGUGUAUUGUAGGGUCUGUGAAUCAGUGUUAACAAUAUUUUGAGGGGGUGAUUAUCAGUAUUUCGACCUUAGAAAGAAAGAGAGAAAUUUUUGGCUGAACUGUGCAAAGAGCAGGAGACCGGAUUAUGGGGAGGGGAAAGAGACUUGAUGCCAUGUCGGGAAAGAAGCAAUAAAUGACCAGCUAAAGAUGGA